GCGGCUGCGCGUGCUGCCGUGCCCGGGCUGCCGUAGGUUGAAGGCGGCCAACGGUCAGGAAAUCACAACGGUCGACCCCGCGAACGUCAAGCGGCGUCUUUCUUUUUUACCGCCUGAUUCUCCGGUGUCCCCCCACCCCCCACCCCCACCUCAACGAGCCCGGUAGACACGGGUGAAGGGGGUCCAGAGCCGGGGCGACACACAGCCGAGACACCGACCAGCAUGGACCCCCAAGCGAAGGAGCGAACCGGCCCGGCGGCGGUUGGGGGCUUCGGCGGGCGGCCGGCCUCUCUGGGAGCCGACGGGGGCGACUCUGAGUCCGGAGCCGGCUCGGAGGAAGCCGGCGCGGGCUCGUGCAGCGACACGUUCAGCAGCCUGCCGGACAUCGAGCAGGAGACCCUGGAGGAGAAGCUCCGAGGACUGGCGUUCAGAAAACAGACCUCGUAUCGGAAGGCCAUCUCCCGCUCCGGCCUCCAGCACCUCGGUCCUCCUCACCUCGCUCUGCCUCCGGCCUCCAACGGGCCCAACAAGGAGCUGCGUACCUGCAUGGACUGGACGGAGAACGCGCUGAACGGGGAUCACCUGUGGAUGGAGACGAGUUGUUCAGGAGACCUCUGUUAUCUCGGAGAGGACACCUGCCUGCUGAAGGCCGCAAAGUCGGCCCCCAGAAGGAAAUGUGCCGCCUGCAAGAUCGUCGUUCACUCCGGCUGCAUAGAGCAACUGGAAAAGAUUAACUUCCGAUGUAAACCAACCUACAGAGAGGGAGGAUCCCGCUGCAUGCGAGAUCAGAACAUUCUGAGACAUCACUGGGUUCAUAGAAGAAGACAAGAGGGGAAAUGUAGACAGUGUGGAAAGAGUUUUCAACAGAAGUUUUUUCACAGUAAAGAAAUAAUCGCCAUCAGCUGCUCGUGGUGUAAACAGGCGUUCCACAACAAGGUGACAUGUUUCAUGCUGCACCAGAUCGAGGAGCCGUGUUCACUGGGGGCGCACGCCGGGGUCAUCGUCCCGCCCUCCUGGAUCAUCAAAGUCAGGAAGCCACAGAGCUCACUUAAGAGCUCCGCCAGGAGGAAAAAGCGGACGUCAUUUAAACGAAGGACGAGCAAGAAGGGGCUGGAUGAGUCUAAGUGGCGUCCGUUCAUGUUGAAGCCGCUUCCGUCUCCUCUCAUGAAGCCCAUCUUGGUUUUUGUCAACCCCAAAAGUGGAGGCAACCAGGGCUCCAAGGUGCUCCAGAUGUUCAUGUGGAUCCUGAACCCUCGCCAGGUGUUCGACCUCUCCCAGGGGGGCCUGAGGGAGGCGUUGGAGUUGUAUCGUAAAGUGCCAAAUCUGAGGAUCCUCGCCUGCGGAGGAGACGGCACGGUCGGGUGGAUCCUGUCGACGCUGGACGAGCUGCAGAUGAGUCCUCAGCCUCCGGUGGCGGUGCUUCCUCUGGGAACAGGAAAUGACCUCGCCAGGACGCUCAACUGGGGCGGGGGCUACACGGACGAGCCCGUGUCCAAGGUUCUGUGCCACGUGGAGGACGGCUCCGUGGUGCAGCUGGACCGGUGGAACCUGCUGGUGGAGAAAGGAACUGCAGAGCCGGAGGAGGGAACGCAGAAGCUGCCUCUGAACGUGUUCAACAACUACUUCAGCCUCGGCUUCGACGCUCACGUCACGCUGGAGUUCCACGAGUCCAGAGAAGCCAAUCCCGAAAAGUUCAACAGUCGCUUCCGCAACAAGAUGUUCUACGCAGGAGCUGCGUUCUCAGAUUUCCUCCAGAGAAGCUCGAGGGAUUUGUCCAAGCACGUCAGAGUGGUGUGCGACGGCACCGAUCUGACUCCUAAGAUCCAGGAGCUGAAGUUCCAGUGCAUUGUGUUUCUAAACAUUCCCAGGUACUGUGCGGGCACGAUGCCGUGGGGGAACACGGGCGACCACCGGGACUUUGAACCGCAGCGCCACGACGACGGCUGCAUCGAAGUCAUCGGCUUCACCAUGGCCUCGCUGGCGGCGCUGCAGGUCGGCGGUCACGGAGAGCGGUUGCACCAGUGCAGAGAAGUCGUCCUCACGACCUUCAAGACCGUACCUGUUCAGGUGGACGGCGAGCCGUGUCGACUGGCGCCCUCGACCCUCCGCAUCUCCCUCCGAAAUCAGGCCAACAUGGUCCAGAAGAGCAAGAGACGCACCUCUGUGCCCUUGCUCAACGAUAUUCAGAAGGUGUGUGCAGCUGAUCUGCGCCGCCUCUCUGCUCCCCCCGACUCCUUCUCUGUUCCUCACGCAGUUCCAGAUCGUCUGCGUCUCCGAGUGAAUCGGAUCGGCCUCCACGAGUACGACCGGCUGCAGUACGACAAGGAGCGGCUCCGGGACAUCUCCAGCCCUGUGGGCAUCGUGGUGGUGAGGGGCGACUGUGACCUGGAGACAUGCAGACUCUACAUUGACCGAUUACAAGAGGACUUACACCAGGCGCCCUCUGCUGGCCACAGAGUGCACUACCAGGACGAGAGCCGAGGCCCCAGGACCAGCUCCACCAGCCGACUCUCUCCCAGCUGGAGCUUCUUGGAUUCCACGUCAGCUGACCGCUUCUACCGCAUCGACAAAGCUCAGGAGCACCUCCACUUCGUGACGGAGAUCUGUCGGGACGAGGUGUUCAUCCUGGACCACGAGGGUCCGACGGUGAGCCCGGGGUCGUCCACCACGAUGCCCGAUCUGGUGGUGGAGCCGACGGCCAGUGUUUCCUUGACCCCCGACGAACAAGCUCUGCUGACGGCGGCCGGCACAGGAGACCUGUCCAUGCUGUCGGAGUGCGUGCGGCGUGGCGUCAGCCUGCUGGUCAGAGACUCCCGCGGCUGCUCGGCGCUGCACAUCGCCGCCCAGAACGGACACGCCGAGCUGGUGGGCUUCAUCCUGCAGCAGGGUUCGAAGGUGCUUCUGGAUCUGACCGACAGAGAGAAAGGGGACACUGCCUUGCACAAAGCAGUCUCACAGAAGCAGCACGCCGUGUGUCGGUUGCUGGUGAAGGCCGGAGCGUCACUGGAAAAGACCAACUUUCAGGGGAAGACGCCGGCGGACCAGGCGGCGGGCGACUCAGAGCUCGCCACCGCCCUCAACGCCCAGCACCACGAGGACCUGGAGACGGCUGUCUGAGGCGCGCACACACACACACACACACACACACACACGCACAUACACGCUCACAGCCACUCUGCCUCUCUGGACUCACACACACACUCGUGGAGGAGAGAAAGACUCGUGAGACGAACCAGAGGAACCGCUUCAGAGAUUCUACUGCUCAACUAUUUAUUUGUAUUUAUUUAUUAAUAUUAUAUUUAUUGGUCGUUGCCGAUCGAUCGAUUGAUUGAUUGAAGAUGCAAAAGUGCACUUUGAGCAGCCGGCGUGAGUUCAGGGGAGCCAAACUCGUUGUUUUGGGGUCUCGUUCAUAUUUGGAGACUCGGUGUCGAUCAGCGUUUAGAACAAUGUGUGAAACAAUCACCUGAAAACGGAAGUUUUAUAAACCCAUAAAACAUCAAACCUGUGUGCCAAAGACAUGACCCGGUGUCACCUCCAGAACCACAGCGCUGUGUCCCCACCUCCACACAAGUCUCAGUCCAGAGGAAAGGAAGCAAGGAAGCAAGGACGCAAGAAGGAAGGACACCUUUCAGAUUCACUUUUAAAGCCAAGUUGCUGUUUUUUUUCAUCUUCAUCUCUGCUUCACACCAAAUUGUGAAACGUUGAUGGAGGAAGGAAGGAGGAAAGGAUGAAGGAAGAAAUGAAGGAAGAAAGGAUGAAGGAAGGAAGAAAAGAAAGAAGGAAGAAAGAAAGGAAAAAAGGACACGUUUCAUAUUCACUUUUAAAACAGUUGCUUUCACACUUAGAAUUUAUGAAACGUUGAUGGAAGGAAAGAAAUGUUUCAUAUUCACUUUUAGAACUAUUUUCUUUCACACUGACGCUCAUAAAAUACCAGAAACAACAAAACAGGAAGUGGUCCAAAGUUUAAAAAGACCAAAAUAAAGUUCAAUAAAUAUCUUUUACAUUAUAUAAAAGUUUAUAAAUCCUAAAGGUCACAAAAUAAUUGAAGAACAUUUUUUUUCUGGUUUAACAAAAUUCAAAUUCUUCUUCUUGAUACUUUUACCUUUCAGUUUGAGUUUUUCAAAAUAAAAGUUUUGGGACCCACUGGUUUACUUCACCGUUCUCCAUUCUGCCUUUUAAAGGCGUUUAGUUGCCAGAUAUGUUUUUAUUUAAUUUUUUAAUUUUUAAUCUGCAAAACCCAACCAGGCCCAGCAUCGGCCCCGUUACCAUGACGACGCAGCCAAAAGCACCUCCAGCUGUCAAUCAAACACACAUUUAAACUUCAACACAGUGUCCAUCUGGUACUGCUGACCCGACAUGCAGCUUGUGUGUAUGUGUGUGUAUGUCUGUGUGUGUGUGUGUGUGCGUAUGCGUGUGUGUGCAUGUGCGUGUGUGUGUGUGAUUCCUCAUUCCAUAUCAAUCCUGAAAAGACUUUUCUCUGUGCAGCAGGCACGUAACGACAGACUGUGUGUGUGUGUGUGUGUGUGUGUGUGUGUGUGUAUGUGUGCAGCAUUUAUCCAAGAAGAUACAGAUCUGAGCCAUAUUCAAUGCAAUAUGAGGAGACGAGGUCUUUUGCAUCCUAGUCGUUUACAUUACAUUAAUGUUUAGUCCGUUAAGCACCGAGGAGUAUUGAAUGUGCUUUUUAUGUUUAUUUUUUAUUUCUAUUUGUUAUUUUUCACUUCAGCGCCGGUUGGUUCCAUUGUUUUAUUUCUUAUUUAAUGUGUGUGUGCAUGUCAAUGGAUUAAACUUCUGAAACUCUUUUGAUAUUAACCCGUUGUGAGCUACGUGGAUGUGUAUAAAGAAACGCUUAUUUUAAUUAUUAUAAAGACGGCAGAACUUCACGAGUCAUCGCUGACGUUGUUUAUGACUUAUUAAACCAUUUAAACCAGU